CAAUGUCGUUUCCCACCCACCCUUUCUAUGUCAAUCGGUCAGCACAGCAUAGUCCGCAACCUAACCAUCCCCGAAGCGAGCAAUACAGUACUGACGUCUUGUUGCAAUUCGAGAGCAACGCGCAUGAGCACACGCGGCAGAUACUGAACGCGGAAUAUAAGCGUCGUAUAACUGUAGAGGCCGAGCUGCAACAGAUGCGAACAAGCCUUGAGAAACUAAACGUCUACAAUACGCAACUCAUCAACAGCAAUAAUACUUUGCGCAGUCAUUUAAAUAAGCUACUGUGUCUCCCGCAGUUUCAGGGAAGCCGUUCGGAUGCAAGUUCUACUCAAGGUUCCAACUUCAAACUUGAUCCUGAUGCUCCUAAAUUACAACAAAUCAAGAUUUUACGACGAAAGCUGGCUCGGCGUGAAGGCGAUAAGCAUGAGGGCAAAGUAGCCGAACUGGUUUCUGGGCCAGGUGAGCCGGCCCAGUUUACCCCAAAGAGCUCCGGGGUAAAAGGCAUCUUAAAAAAAGAAGCGCUGUAGUCGCUUGUGAUUUACGCAUGUGUCUAUCCCGCA